CUCUCGAGCGGAAGAAACAGCAAUUCUUCAUUCGGGAAUCGGGGGUAUAAAUGCCCGGGCAUACUAUCCCGCACGACACAUUUCACAUUUGCUCCGGCGAAGAAAUAAGCCACCACCAUGAUCACUAAGGUGGUUGCCUUGGCGGCCCUGCUCGCCAUCCCGGCCAGCGGGCAGUGCGGCUGCGGCUGCGGCGGGUGGGUCCACCCGGGUCUCGCCCCUCUGGCGCCCGUCUACCCCGACCUGGGUGCCCCCGGCUGGGGCUACCCGCGGCUGAUCUCGGCGCUGGCACCCCGGGGAAGCACCGCAUCUUCUUCCUCCUCCAGCUCGUCCGCGGCGUCUGGCUCCGGAGGUAGUUCCUCCUCCUCCUCCUCCACUUCCUCCGCAGGGGCCUCGCUGCCCUACGGAGCGUCGGCUCCCGUCGUGCAGGUGGCUCCCGUCUACCCGCCCUGCGGCGGGUUCUUCGGCGACUACUGGGGCGGUCGCGGCCACCCAGGGGUGUUCCCCGGGUUCGGCUCCGCCGCGUCGUCGAGUUCCUCGGCGGCUGGCGGCGGCGGGAGUGCCGCGUCGUCGUCUUCCUCUUCGUCGUCCGCCUCUGGCGGCGUCCUCGGAGCGCCCCUGGCGCCGAUAGUCCCGACCUUCCCCGUGUUCCCGCCGUCGUUCCCGGUCGCCCCUGCGCUGCCCUCCUGGGGCGGUGUCUUCGGCGGGUGCGGCGGCGUCUGGGGAGGAUAUGGCUACCCUAGCGGCAUUGUGUCAGGAGUCGGUUCUUCCGGAGCUUCUUCAUCGUCCAGCUCUGCGGCGGCUAGUGGCCUUGGAAGUGCUUCUUCUUCAUCAUCUGCUUCUGCAAGCGCAUCUAACCCUGGGUAUGGAUAUGGAUCAGCAGCUCCUUACGUCUCCGUGGCACCGAUAGCACCAUCUUACCCCGUUGCACCUAUUUUGCCAUCUUAUCCCGUGGCACCAGCCCUGCCAAUCGCCCCUAUAGCUCCCGCUGCACCUUCUUGGGGCGGUAUUGUUGGUGGGUACGGAAUCGGCUCUGGUAUCGGCGGUGUCUGGGGAGGAUACGGCCUCCCCGGGGCUGCGUCCAGCGCCUCCGCCGCUGCUGCACUCGGCGGUCUCUCCGGCGGCCUUAUCGGAGGAUACGGAUACCCUUCAGUCGGCGUGGGAGCUGCCUCCUCGGCCAGCGCUGCUGGUGUCGGGCUGGGCGGCCUCUACCCGAGACCCUGCUACUGAAGGAAGUCCAAACCCCAACGGCUAGGGAUUCACUUCAGGUCGCUUGUCCGAGAAACGUGCGCUGCUGCCAGCUGACGAACAUUCCCAACGAGCACAGACUGUACAUACAUAUAUUUUUUGUAACCUUAAAAAACAAUUUUUUGAAAUGCAAUUUAUCAUGCAUAAAUAAAAUUGUGCGCCCUA